AUGAACUCCCUCAACAUAAUAUCCACACGCGUCUCCCCACCUUCAAGUCCCGCCCCUUCGCGAUCCAAUUCUCUCGGCCAUAUUGGCUUAGCCGUCGCCCAGUCCGACGGCCGCCCGAUACCGUCAGAGGAGACAUCGCCCAACGAGAAGGGUGUGAACGCUUCCGAAUCGAACGAGUGCACGUUCCCCCAGCACGACCCGGUAGACCACCCUCCUCACGCCGAUGAAAAGACCCCCCUGCUAGAGAGCAAUGACACCAAGGAGACGAGCAUUCGGACCUACUGGUGGCAUGUUGUUCCAAGUCGCAUAGCCACCGGCUUUAUUGAUUCCAUCCGUUGGGUCCUAUCCACCCUCGCCACGCCCGGCGUCUACCUCGUCGCUUACUUCUACGACGACCAGGGGGAUUUCGCCCCUUUGCGACAACUGGGAAGCUUGUUUGGUACACACGGAGAUGACACGCGCAAGCUGGCUACCGAUCUCUCGGGGAAAAACACGAUAGGGAAAGAGGACGAUGCUUUGUCGGGUCGGCAUCCCCAAACCGUGAAGGGCAAGAAGGCCUUCUCGGCUUCGCGACCGCUCUCCUCUCCGGGAACUUCAUCCUCUGGCCUUUCAUCAGAUUCGGAAACGGACAUGGCUAGCAAGCCUCCAGGCACUCGGCGCAGCUCCGCCUCUUCCGGCCGCCACACGCGAUCCAAGUCCGCCGACCCGACAGAAGAUACCGCACCGACCAGACGGUCGAUAAGGAUUAAGCUGAACAACGAGGAGCUCAUGCGACAGCGGAAACAUAAGAAGGCCCGGUCUACGAGUGCUACCGGCAGCACCGGCGGUGGAGGCUCUUCGGACCUAUCAGCGCAGCUAAAGUCUCCUACCUCGCCCAUCGGAGCUCUAACUAGAUACCCUAAAACCCCAGCUCCUCCCCGGCCCUUGAUCCCUCGGCGACAGCCCUCGUAUCUUCCCUUUGAACCUCUCGACCCCAAGCACCUGAAAACCCUGAUACUGGAUCUCGACGAGACAUUGAUACACAGCAUGUCGAAAGGGGGGCGAAUGGGAUCGGGACACAUGGUCGAAGUGCGGUUGAAUACGACGUACGUCGGAAGUGGAGGUCAGCAGUCUCUAGGGCCUCAACAUCCCAUCCUGUACUACGUUCACAAGCGACCACACUGUGACGAGUUCCUGCGAAAGGUUUGCAAAUGGUUCAAUCUUGUUAUCUUCACGGCCUCGGUGCAAGAGUACGCCGACCCCGUCAUCGACUGGCUCGAGUCGGAGAGAAAGUUCUUCUCGGGGCGAUACUAUCGGCAGCACUGCACUUUUAGACACGGCGCGUUCAUCAAGGAUCUCAGCUCGAUCGAACCCGACCUGAGCCGGGUCAUGAUUCUAGAUAACAGCCCGCUCAGCUACAUGUUCCAUCAAGAUAAUGCGAUCCCGAUCCAGGGAUGGAUCAAUGAUCCCACGGAUAACGAUUUGUUGCAUCUCGUACCGCUCCUAGAAGGGUUGCAGUACGUGUCGGACGUCAGGGCGUUACUUGCAUUAAGGGGCGGAGAGGACGGGCAGCAUAUGAUGACGUGA